GAUAAAUAGACGGCGAAGUUGGGACUCGGCACAGUCGCUCUCCCGCCUCCUCCGUCCAGUUCUGAGCCGUCGGAGCCAGAGUUCUCGGAGCCCGAGUUCUCGGAGCCAGCACCGACCCUACACCUACGCAGCCGCAGGAUGGAGCGCCCGCAGCCCGACAGCAUGCCCCAGGAUUUGUCAGAGGCCCUGAAGGAGGCCACGAAGGAGGUGCACACCCAGGCGGAGAAUGCCGAGUUCAUGAAGAACUUUCAGAAGGGUGAGGUGACCCGAGAAGGUUUUAAGCUGGUGAUGGCGUCUUUGUACCACAUCUAUGUGGCCCUGGAGCAGGAGAUCGAACGCAACAAGGAGAACCCCGUCUACACUCCCCUCUACUUCCCAGAGGAGCUGCACCGCCGGGCCGCCCUGGAGCAGGACAUGGCCUUCUGGUACGGGCCCCGCUGGCAGGAAGCCAUCCCCUACACGCAGGCCACCAAGCGCUAUGUUCAGCGGCUCCAGGAGGUGGGGCGCGCUGAGCCCGAACUGCUGGUGGCCCAUGCCUACACCCGCUACCUGGGCGACCUGUCUGGGGGCCAGGUUCUCAAGAAGAUCGCUCAGAAGGCCCUGAACCUGCCCAGCUCCGGGGAGGGCCUGGCCUUCUUCACUUUCCCCAAUAUCGCCAGUGCCACCAAGUUCAAGCAGCUGUACCGCUCCCGCAUGAACACGCUGGAGAUGACCCCCGAGGUCCGGCAGAGGGUCCUGGACGAGGCCAAGACCGCCUUCCUGCUCAACAUCCAGCUGUUUGAGGAGUUGCAGGGGCUGCUGACCCAGAAGGCCGAGGACCGUGAGCCCUCGCAGGCACCAGACCUUCACAGGCGAGCCGGCAGCAAGGCGCAAGACUCAGUUCCUGCCAAGGCGUCCAGGGGGAAGCCCCAGCCCAGCGUCCUCUCUCAGGCACCUCUUCUGCGAUGGGUCCUCACGCUCAGCUUUCUGGUGGCCACGGUCGCUGUGGGGCUUUACGCCAUGUGAAUGCAAGUGUGCUGCCUCCUGGGGGCCAUGAACUGUUUGUGGAAAGGGGCAGCCCCUUGGCUGGCUUCCUUACCUUGAGCUUGGGGCUGGGGGGCAGCCGCCAGGGCUCCUACUGUCUCCCUGCGUCCGUCUCUUCUGGAUAAAAGGAGCCUGAGACAUCUCCACCAACCCAAAGUACAUCCAGUCAGUAACCUGAACUUCAGAGUGGGACAAGGGGUCCCCCCGACCUCUCAGCACUCUCCCCUUCCUGUUCCUGCAGCAGAGCCCAGAAGAUGUAGCCAGAGCAACAGCUGUUGUGAACCUCCGAAAGCCUUGGGUCUGAGGUCUCCCUUUUGACCCGCUGUGACCGGCCAUGGCAAUUUUUGUAUAUAUUCAAAGAUGUGUCUUGUGUUUCCGUCUUGUUUUUGUUGGAGCCACUUUGUGUUCCUGGCUCAGCCUGAACUGUGGUAUUCUGUUGUGUUCUAUUCUGUUCUUAUAGCAGGGUAGGGGUGCGUUAUGGCGGGUGGGGAGGGAAGUGUUUAACAGGACUGUGGCCUUGAUUGCUAACUUUCAUGUGAAAUAAUAAACUAAAUGGCCUGAUAGUAA